ACACACAUGCGUUCAUUUAUUUGACAUGUAUUCUAUAAGGGAGGCAUACUGAGACCCAGGUCUCUUUUAUAGAUUGUAUUACCGUGGACUAUUUUAUUUGGCGGACGUAGCCAUUUCUAGUUCUCUACUGAGCACAUUUCUGGUGUUCAUGAAUGCCCUCGCGGAGAAGCGCGAUUCUGAACGGGGAGAAGUGUAGCUAUCUAGUACAGAACUUUAAGCGCGAGUGAUACCUUAUUUCGUGUUUUCAGCAGUGUUUGUGUACUAUACUCAAAUGAAUUUCUAAUCGGCGGUGAUAUACUUGAAUACGGUCUUGCGAAGUCGCUUUUUAUUUCAACCUACCGCUAAAAUAAACUAGCUAACGUUAGCUUGCUAGCUAACAUGUCGGGAGGCGUCGUGCGAGGCCCCGCAGGAAAUAACGAUUGUCGAAUUUAUGUCGGAAAUCUACCUCCUGAUAUUCGCACUAAAGAUGUCGAGGACGUGUUCUACAAAUAUGGAGCUAUUCGAGACAUCGAUUUGAAAAAUCGGAGAGGGGGACCUCCCUUUGCCUUCAUCGAAUUUGAAGAUCCCAGGGACGCAGACGAUGCAGUGUACGGACGAGACGGCUAUGACUACGACGGUUAUCGGCUGCGAGUUGAAUUCCCUCGGAGCGGAAGGGGUGGGGGGAGAGGCGGCUUUGGUGGUGGUGGUGGUGGUGGUGGUGGUGGGGGGGUUGGUGGCGCUCCUAGAGGCAGAUACGGGCCGCCGUCCAGACGCUCCGAGUAUAGGGUCAUUGUCUCAGGGCUUCCCCAGAGUGGCAGCUGGCAGGACCUCAAGGAUCACAUGCGUGAGGCUGGGGAUGUAUGUUAUGCUGACGUUUUCAGAGAUGGAACUGGGGUUGUGGAGUUUGUGCGCAAAGAAGACAUGACCUACGCUGUUCGAAAGCUGGAUAACACCAAAUUCCGAUCACACGAGGGAGAGACCGCAUACGUUCGCGUGAAAGUAGAUGGUCCCCGCAGCCCGAGCUAUGGAAGAUCCCGUUCCAGGAGCCGCAGUCGAAGCAGGAGCCGCAGCGCAGCCAGUCGCAGCCGCAGCAACUCUCGCGGUGGUGGUACCCGUGGUGGCAGAGGAUCUCCUCGCUACUCUCCACGCCAUAGCCGCUCUCGCUCCCGUUCCUAAACUCUGUUGCCAUUUUGGUGGAUCCCCUGUUAGCAGUUCCUCUUUCCACUUGUUUUUACCUCCUUUUGAGUUUUUCAGAAUUCAACUAUAGAUUUUAAUUUUUGCAUUCCAUCUCCUGAUGUCCUAGUGGAAGGUCUUGGUAUGUAGGUGUAUCCCCUCCUGUCACCUUUCCUCCCUAACCCUCCCUACUUUAGUCCUUUUGUUUGGUCUCCUUUCUCAAUUCAUUUUAAUUGACCUGUUGUCUUUCCUCCAAAAAUGUUGCAACAUUUGAAACCCUAUUGCUCUGAACUUCAAAAAUGUUGAUCUUAACAAGUUCAAUGCUUUUGUAAGUGUUGGAAAAUGUAUGUACUUUUUCAUGAGAUGGCGGGAGUCUCAUUGCUAAACUGUAUUUUACCCUUGUGUCUUCCUUUAGACAUCUGAAGAUAAGGAUUAAAGAGUGAUUUGGAAUAAAAGUUGUGGAGCACAUUUCAUUUGUUUGAUCAGGAUAGGACAUCUUAGGAGGAGUCAGGUCGAGGCAAUGGUUUUGAUUGGAGGAGUGGCUCAGUGGAUCCCAAUCCUUGGAGCCGGAUCAGAGGAGCAUUUAGGGAAGGGAUAGGCAAGGAUGGAUGCUUGGAGCCGGAUCAGAGGAGCGUUUAGGGAAGGGAUAGGCAAGAAUGGAUGCUUGGAGCGGGAUCCAUUUUCCAGGAAUCAAAUCAAUUGAACUAAUUAAGGAAUCCUAGAUGCAACUUUUUGAAUGGCCCAGUUUAUUUCAAUUUUUGAGCGGUAAAUAUGCGCAGAGUCAAAGGAUAUGGAUAAGGAUUAUUUACGUUUUUGGAGUAAGAAAAGGAAACUGAGGACCAGGAAGUUGGAUCAAAGAAUGGAAGGAGACGUAGGAGUCUGGUAAAUAAGGGAUUCAAAUUUGUGAUGGUUGGGGAUUAUAUUUAGUAUAGUUAGUCUGUCUUUCUUAAAUUUAAUUUACUCUUUUAGUUUAGCAUUUUCAAUAAAAUCCUGAAAAGACGUA